CUCGGCUGCGGUGUUUUUGUCUCCUUCUCUGUCAGUGAGCGCUCCUCCCGGGCCGAGGCGGCUGAAAGGAUUCUCCACCGGACAGGUGCUGACUGUAAAGGAGCGAGGAAAGGAAGGGAGAGCAAGGAGCCCAGGGAGGAGAGAUCCGUCCUCUCAGCACAAGCAGCUGGUGAGAGUUGGUGUGUGACGGAGAGGCAGCCAGCGGCUCGUCAUGGCUCAAGUGCUGCACAUGGACCCCGGCUUCCCAGGAAAACUCAACCCGCCCGCUCACCCUUCACUGCACACCAAAGAACCCGAGGCCCCCUACUCAGUGGAGACCCCCUAUGGAUACCGUCUGGACCUGGACUUCCUCAAAUAUGUCAACGACAUCGAGAAGGGGAACACUAUCAAGAAGGUGCCGAUCCAGCGCCGGCCCCGCUAUGGCUCCUUGCCACGUGGCUACGGCUACGCCGGCUCCUGGUGGACCUCCACCGAGUCGCUGUGCUCCAACACCAGCAUGGACAGCCGCCAUUCCUCCUUCUCCUACUGCGCCCCGGGGUACCACACCAUGCAGAGGCCCAACUUCAGCACCGCCCGGGUGGAGAAGACCCUGCUGGACGCUCGCCGGAAGCUUGAAGAGGAGAAAGAAGGGCGGAGAUUCUCCAACCUGGGAAGCAUGCACAGCAGCGUCGCGGGCUCCAACACGUCCAUCAGCAGCGCGCACAGCUUCAACCGGCAGCACGGCGGGGGCGGGACCUUCACCCCGCUGAGUUCCGGCCUGUCCACUCCAGUGACGCCGACCCCGGCCCACUUGCAGCACGUCAGGGAGCAGAUGGCUGCGGCCCUCAGGAAGAUCAAGGAGCUGGAGGAGCAGGUGAAGACCAUCCCGGUUCUGCAGGUGAAGAUCUCGGUGCUGCAGGAGGAGAAGCGGCAGCUCAGCGUCCAGCUCAAGAGCCAGAAGUUCCUCGGCCACACUCUGGGGUUCAGCCGGGGUCGCCCCCGAGGGGAGCUCUACAUCGACAUCCCGGAGGAAGAGGGGAACGCCGGAGCGAAGAGCAGCAGCAAGCCGGCAGAGCCGCUGUCCCCCUCCGUCCCCGAGGGCUCCAAGCAGGACUCGGGCUGCGAGAUCGAGGACACGGUGAUAGUGGGCGGAGCGCGGCCCGACGCCAAGCGGGAGGUGCGUACCAUCGGGGUUGGACCGGAGGACUCGCGGGGGUGUCGUCACGUGGGGGUGUGGGUUCGGGAGAAGGAUCUGGGCCUGCUGCCUGAGACGGAGGCUCUCAAGGAUCAAGUGGGCCAGCUUGAGGGCCAGCUAAAGAGGACAAUGCAGGAGCUUCAAGCUGCGCAGCAGCAGAGCGGCGCAGCCCGGGAGGGACCUCAGGCGGAGCACCCGGUCAUGACCACGAGCACGGGCUGGCAGGAGCCCACCGGCUGCAGCCUGCACACCCUGGUUAGCUUCACACAGCAGCCGCAGCAGAGGGAGCAAAGGACUGUGGGUAUCCAGGUGUACACGCUGGAGCAGCCGACGGUGGUGGAGGUGGGCACGCUGCUCCGAGCAGAGACCUGCAGCCCGCUGCCGCCUCAGCCGGCCGCGGAAGGACACCAGAGAGGACAGACGGAAGACGGUCCCGUUGAUUUGCCGCUCGCCGUCAGCUCCAAGCAGGUACGCGACGUCCUGAAGAGCGAGCUGUCCACCUCGGUACCCGUCGCUAAUCCGGCCGUCGCCGUAGCGACUGGCAAUCAGAUUGUUCUGGCGCACUGCGAGGAAAACAAAGCCUGCCUGCGGGCAUCCGACGACUCCAUCCGCUCGCAGGAAGGCUCGGCUCAGGCAGACUCAUCUCCCCAGUCCUCUUUGAGGUCCAUCAUGAAGCGGAAAGCAGAAGGCGAACCGGGGUCUCCCUCCACAAAGAAGAACCUGCAGUUCAUUGGAGUCAAUGGAGGCUACGAGUCCACGUCGUCUGACGACAGCAGCAGUGAGAGCUCGGAUGAGGGCAGCGACUCCAGCGAAUAUCAUGAAGCCAGAGAAAAACUGCCAGAAACGGCGGCCCAGCAUCAGCAGAAAACCCCCAGCGCCGCCUCCCCGGCCCAGGAAAGCACCAGCGUACCUCAGCAAACCGUCGGCAAAACACCGGCCGCCAUUCCAGACUCGCAGCAGAGUCCCAGCCAGCCGGCGUCUGCAGGGGCGCCGCCGCCGCCGCCGCACAAAGCUCCCCAGUCACCGGCCGCGGACGCCGCCGUGCAACAAUGUGCCUCACAGCCACCAGCGUCAGAUGUCACCCCGCCCCCCUCCUACCCGGCCAACACUCCUGCCUUUAUAGAGACUGUCCAGCAGCCGUCGGACAAGCACAGCGUCGCCCAGGCGGCCGCUUCCACCCCGUCGAGCACUGAAACCACUUCGCACCAGAACUCCAUCAAACCUGCUCUUCCCUGUGUGACUGAAACCACUGAGAUCGCCUCCCAGCAAUGCACCGUCCACUCCGAGUCCACGCCGGCCGCCGACAGCGCCGCAGCCUCCUCCAAGCAAGUCAGGUUGGAGCUGAGCGACAGUCUGAAGUCGGCGCUGUACGGCCUGCAGAAAGCCCUCGGGGAGCCCAACGCCUUCAGCCAACAGGCAGCCAGGGCGGCCUACACCGCCGUGCUGCAGGAGUGGCUGCGCGUGUCGUGCCACAAAGGCGCCAACACGGCCGUCGUCAAGGCCUACAUGGACGCCUUCGCCGCCGUCUCCCCGCAGCUGCUGGAGUUCGUCAUCAACAUGGCGGACGGCAACGGGAACACGGCGCUCCACUACACCGUCUCGCACUCCAACUUCCCCGUGGUGAAGCUGCUCCUCGACACGGGCUUGUGUAACGCUGACAAGCAGAACAAGGCGGGCUACACCGCCAUCAUGCUGACGGCGCUGGCCGCCUUCCACUCCGACAACGACCUCCAGACCGUCCUGCAGCUGCUGCGCACCGGAGACGUCAACGCCAAGGCCAGCCAGGCGGGGCAGACGGCGCUGAUGCUGGCGGUCAGCCACGGCCGGGGCGACAUGGUGCGGGCGCUGCUCUCCUGCGGCGCGCAGGUCAACAUCCGCGACGACGACGGCUCCACCGCGCUCAUGUGUGCCUGCGAGCACGGCCACGUGGACAUCGUGCGCCAGCUGCUGUCGGUGCCGGGCUGCGACGCCACCCUCACCGACAACGACGGCAGCACCGCUCUGUCCAUCGCCCUGGAGGCCAGUCAGAACGACAUCGCCGUGCUUCUCUACGCCCACCUCAACUUCGCCAAGCCUCCUUCUCCGGUUUCACCCAAGUCUCCUCUGUUGGGUUCCUCUCCUCCCACCGGAGACCUGAAAUGAACCGCAGCAGCAGAUUUUCCACACGCUUGUACAUCGGUGUAAUUAAGAGUUUGUUUGUCGUCACUCUGAAUAAUUUAAGUCCGUUAUCAUGCCUGCCAGCACCGUGGUUAUCCAUCGCUUUUUGUGCACACUGAUCUUUGAUUUUCUGAUCCCAGUUGUAGUUUAAACAUGUUUGUAUGUGUGUGUGUAUGUGUGUGUGUGUGUGUGUGUGUUUGUGUGUGUGGAACAUUUUAACAUACUGAACUGUCCUGCACACAUCAGUCUUUGUCAUGAAGUGUCGGCACUGUAUCAUUCAAAACUUCCACCAAAUUUCCUCACGCGGUUAUUUUUUGCGAUCCACUGUUUAUCAUUACGUUUUAAUGUGUAGCAUCACAGUCCAGAACAGCAGCCACUCCUCUCAUAAGUGUCCUUGCAUCAACCAGCUCCCUGGUGCUACAGAAUAUAACAAUGAAAGUUUCAACGGUAUGUCAAUAUUUAUACACAGAAUUUAUUUCCACUAGAGUAUUUUUGAUAUUUUGUUUUUUUUUUAAUUCUGACCGAAUCAAGGAUGUCUAGAUAUCACAACUUAUUGCAUCCUUUUUUUUUAAAAAAUCACAAAACAAACCUUAAUUUUUUAUAUGUUGAGCACAGUCCCCAAAGAUAAACUAUCUUCUUUUAACUCUGUGACACUGUAUGUUGUGGCGAUAACGUUAACGUGAGCUACAGGAAGAAAACAGAAGCUGCCAUUAUUCCCUGAAGGCUGAGGUACUGCAGUGUUUUUAUUUUUAUACAUGAAGGUAUUUUGGACGGUUGCGAGUGAAGAUUAGACUGUAGCUAUGUUUGCUCUGUUUUGUGCUGAUCAUAGGAUUUAACAGGAGGAAAGACUAAAACGUGCUGGAGACUCAUCAGGGAAGCAGAAAGUGAGUGAUUUGGGUCUGGAAAGGAAGUGUAAGAUAUGAAUAUCAAAAUAAUAUAUGUCGAUAUAAACUGGUAACUAUUAUGCCCGAGGUGGAUCUCCUUGAACAGAAGUGCGUAGGCUAUUGAUGUCAAAAAAUUUCUAUUCCUUUUUGAAAAUGUUUUAGCAAUUUUCGUAUUCUCUUUUGAACUAUUAGAUUUUUAUAAACUUUCAUUUGUUUUUAAUUUAAGCAUAUCUUUUUAUACAUAUAGACUUUUUAAGCCCACGCCGAUUUUAUGUAAUCGCACAGCUCAUUAGUUCUUGUUUUAUGUACGAUUUGACAGUGUGUGUGUCUCUCUCUUAAUAUUUUGUGCUUUUUUGAGAAACUAUAAUAAAUGUGGACCACAUGUUCCAGGA